GUGUGUGUAAGGGAGGGGGCAGAGCGCAGCAGCGCCGAGCUGAGCUGGAGGCUUCAGCCAUAUUAGUUUUCUGUGCUGUGGACAGACGAUGAGAGAGAGGAGCCAUGGCCUUGUCACUGAGCGGAGACGAUGAGGACUAUGAUUCAGAGUCUGAACAGCAGCGGGCGGCCAACCGGCCAAAGCCCAAGACGGGGACGUCGACAGCUGUCAAGCUGCCGUCCAAUCGGAGCUCCUCCGGUGCCAGGCGGAGGAGGACACGCUGCCGAAAGUGUGAGGCGUGCCUCCGGACGGAGUGUGGAGAAUGUCACUUCUGCAAGGACAUGAAGAAGUUUGGAGGCCCGGGUCGCAUGAAGCAGUCCUGCAUCAUGAGACAGUGCAUCGCGCCGGUUCUGCCCCACACAGCGGUGUGUGUGGUCUGUAAAGAGGCGGGCAAGGAGGACACACUGGACGAAGAGGAGGACAAGUUCAACUUCAUGCUCAUGGAGUGCUCCAUCUGCAACGAGAUCGUCCAUCCCAACUGCCUCAAGGUGAGCGAUGCCUCGGGAGUGGUGAAUGAUGAGCUCCCCAACUGCUGGGAGUGUCCCAAGUGCAACCAUGCUGGGAAAACUGGAAAAGUAUGUAAGCAAAAAAGAGGUCCAGGGUUCAAGUACGCCUCCAACCUCCCCGGCUCAUUGCUGAGGGAACAGAAGCCUGUGAAGGAGGAGGGUGAAGUUCCCUCUGCAGCCAAGCGGAGGCCUGAGAGGGAGGAGGUGCCCAGGUACCGACCUGAGGAGGCGUUCCACCGACAACCACCACUGCUCUCCCCCAGCGGCCUGCCCCGGCCCAGGCCUGAGGACAAACUGAGGAAGAAGAGGAAGCUCUUUGAUGAUGAUGAGGAAGAUGAUCUUGGAGUGAGGAAGAGGGUACAGGAAAAAUCAGAUGAUCCUUUCUUUCCCAAACUUCUGCACCAAAUCAAGACAGAGGAGGACGACGAAGAGGAGGAAGAGGAAGAGGAUGAAGAGGAGAGGGAGUCUCACUUCCGCAGCGCUGUAGAGAGGAGAAGCCGCUUGGGAGAGGCUGAGGAAGAAGCGGACGACAAGGAGUCCAAGAGUGAACUUUUGAGUCCUGUCGUCAAAACGCCCGUUGCCGACAGUGACCAGUCGCACUGCAGCUCUCCGCAGGCCGGCCCCAGCAGUGAGGGCGGGAGCGAGACCCAGGAGAAGGGUCCACGUCCCAAAGCUCGCCGUAAACGACGCCUGCCCAACAGGGAGCUGAGCAGGGAGUUGAGCAAAGCACUGAACCAGGAGAUCCAGAAGACGGAGGACUGUCUGGCCAACGAGAACCGCCAGCCUCUCAAAGUUGAGCCAGAGAGCGAAAACGAGGAGCCCAAGAGAACGUUCCGCAACGGCGGUGACCUGGGGGACCAGAGGCCCCACCUCAGGACCAAAGAGAUGAACGGAACUCCCUGGGAACUGCGCCACUUCUACCAAAGUCCCAUCACUCCUCUGGGCUUCAACCGGAGCACCCCGACUACCCGGCCAGUGCCCCCCCGCUCCCCACCCAAGUGCGUCCAAAUGGAGCGUCAUGUCAUUCGGCCCCCUCCAAUAAGCCCUCCCCCCGACAGACUGCCUCUAAAAGACGGGAAAACCCACCUCAUACAGCGUGAGGUCUGGAUGAAGAUCUUUGGCUUCCUCACGCACAAGGAACUGUGCGUCUGCAUGAGGGUUUGCAAGACUUGGAAUAGAUGGUGCUGUGAUAAAAGACUCUGGACAAAGAUCGAUCUGAACCGCUGCACCUCCAUCACUCCUCUGAUGCUCAGCGGCAUCAUCCGCAGACAGCCGCUGUCCCUGGACCUCAGCUGGACCAACAUCUCCAAGAAACAACUCAGCUGGCUCAUUAACAGAUUGCCAGGUCUGCGGGUGUUAAAGCUGUCGGGGUGUUCCUGGGUGGCCGUGUCUGCCCUCUGUACCUCCAGCUGCCCACUGCUACGCUCCCUGGACGUCCAGUGGGUGGAGGGACUCAAAGACGCCCAGAUGAGGGACCUGCUCUCCCCCCCUACAGACAACAGACCAGGUCAGCUCGACAACCGCUGCAAGCUGCGGAACGUGGUGGACCUGCGGCUGGCGGGGCUGGACAUCACCGACACGUCCCUGCGCCUCAUCAGCCGGCAGAUGCCGUCUCUGUCCAGGCUGGACCUGAGCUACUGCAACCACAUCAACGACCAGUCGGUCAACCUGCUGACCGCCGCAGGAACCACGACCAGGGACUCGCUCACUGAGAUCAACCUGUCAGUGUGCAACCGGGUCACCGACCAUUCCCUCACCUUUUUCAAGCGCUGCGGAAGCAUCUGCCAGAUCGACCUGCGCUACUGCAAGCAGGUGACCAAGAUGGCCUGCGAAAGGUUCAUUGCAGAGAUGUCGGUGAGCGUGCAGUUUGGAUUGAAAGAGGACAGGUUGCUCCAGAAGAUCAGCUAGUUCCCAAAAGGACAAAAUGCAUCAAAAGACAACCUUUGCACUAAAUGGAACAACAGUUUUUUCUUUCUUUUUUUUUUUAAACUGCUCCUGUGAUGCGUCUCUGGACCAGUGUCACGUUACAUGAGUUGAAACAAGAGCCGGAGAUGUCUUGACGCUGCAAGCUGUGUAAGAUCUAAGAUGGACUCUUCACUGAAAGGGGGCGAUUUCUGUUCACUCGACAGACAGAAAAGGUGUCGGGGGGGAAGCAUGCAUGUAUUUGUGUUGAGAUUGUACUUUUAUAAAGACUUGUGCUUGUAACUGACUUUGUUGGGUUAUUUUUAUUCUUUAAAUAUUUGAAAAAAAAAAUAUUUUAUACAAGCAUCAUUAUGAGUUUACAGUGUCUUUCAGACCUGCUCUAAAGCAAAGUGUGAGCAUUUUUCCCAGUUGCACCACACAGCAUGCCUCUCUUUCAGUUUGCCUCGGUCCCUUGUGUGCCAAAACCUGCAUUUGAUAUAAUGUAACCUCAGUUACAGAUUAAAAAAAAAAAAAAAAAAAAAACUUGUACAGUAAUGGAUAUCUGAAUAAAUUAUUGAAUAUCUUAUGUAUUUCAAAAAUGCUUACCUAAAAUAAAAUUUCAUAUUCCUGCUACACCCUCACCUGAAUUCAGUCAACCUUACAUCAGGAGUGGUUUGAGACCCUUUUCUACCAAUAGCAAAAUUAAUUUAUUGAUUUUUCAUUUUGUAUUUAUUCAUUCAUUUAUCAGCUCAUGCUUGACAUUGAUAUCUCACAGACCUGCAUCAAAAAAUGUUUGCAAAUCUGGUUUGUGGUUUGUGUUAGCCUGCUUGGGCACCAGAUGGGUGGAGUCUACCCAUAAACAGUGGCAGUAAGUUGUUUAUCAGUCAAGCAUCUCAAAGUCAAAUAGAUGUUUUUCUGUGAGAACUCUCCUGACACUGACUGUUUGAUGCGGUCAACCCCAUCCACCCGCUCUCCAUACAGGUUUCAAUUAAUCACCAGUAACACUGACAAUAACCUAUUUGCUUCUGUUGUACCUAUUACCACAACAGGUGUCAUUUGUGUGUACUUUGGCCCUUUUGGAAUGUAUGUUGUGCUGUAUUAGAAUUGAUAUCACCUCAGGUGACUGUGAUAAUGUUUAUAUUUGUAAAUCUAAAAACUAUGCUGAUGUCAUUAAAAGUAUUUCAUUUGUACCAUCA